UUUUGAGUUACGAACUUCUCACUUAUUGACUUUUCUUUCUUAUUGAGUAUUGACGUUCAAGGAGAACUUUGGAAUAUUUUCAAUUUUGUUUAAUUUAGAACGUACAGAAGAAUUAACAUAUUAAAUAUCACAGAAAGAUGUCUGGUGCUAUUAAAAAGGCGACGGAACUAACCGGAUUAGCCGUGGCCAAAAAUCCACACCAUACUUUGACGGCGUUGUACAAUAAGAUCCUACGAGCUGUUGCCAAAAUGCCCCAAGAUGCGGCCUAUCGUCGAUAUACGGAGCAGGUCGUCAAUGAGCGGGUCAAAUGUGUUGCAUCGUCCCCAACUGUACGUGAAAUUGAAGAAAAAAUAAAUUGCGGUCAGGUUGAAGAACUAAUAAUUCAAGCUGAAAACGAACUGAACUUAGCCCGCAAGAUGUUGGGUUGGAAACCGUGGGAGCCGCUUAUUAAACAUGCGCCAGCUACACAAUGGGCGUGGCCACCGGCAAAAAUCCAUGAACUCAAGUAAUCCCUUAUGUUUAUCUAAUGCUACACUCGGAGCUAGCUAUAUUGUCCUGUAAAUAGAUUGCGGGUUAGUACAACAAA